CGUUCGGAAGGGCGGGGUGAUGGUGCCGGUCUCCUCCUUUCCUGGCAGAGAGGAAGCUGCCAAUUUUGCAUGGUUGCUAAGCCUUGUGGAGGGAAAAGUUUCCUAUGGUUGGUAGGAAGGUCACCGAUUCUCAGAGAAGCCCUCCCCUUGAUUUGAUGUUGGACUUGGAGACAUUUCAGCGUGCUUGAAGCAAGCCUUGUUGGGAUGGCACAGUUCUGUUGAUUCAAGGGAGAAUGUUUUACUGAUAUUUGUGCUGAGAUCUGUGGAUCCAAGUGACUGAGAGCCUAUUGGCAGGGCCUUUUUGGUUGUGGCUCGACUGUGGAAUGCCCUCCUGGAUGAACUUUGCCAUGCUCCUUCCCUCAGCAUUUUUGAAAAACGCUUAAAGACAUACCUUUUUAGAAAGGCUUUUACAAAUGUUUUAUUCCUGUCUGUUCUAGUGGGUUUUUAAUUUUUGAAUCUGGUUUUAAUUGUGUCUAGUUUUAACCUGAGUUUUAUUCACUUUAUGUUGGUUUGCUGUGAGCCACCCCAAGCAGUAUUCACUGGAGGGGCGGGACAUAAAUAUUUUAAAUAAAUAAUAGGAUCAGUAAACUAAGAGGCAUCUGUCCCCAAAAAUGUCUGCAGAGCAGGGAGCACCAGCAGCCUUGCGUCUCCCUUUCCAGUCUGUGUCAGAGGAUGUGGCUCCACUACAAAUAAACAUCAAGGAUCAGGCCCUCGUGGGUUCCAACUCCAAUGAAGGACUGGAUGGACUUCCUAAAACCCACCAUAGCAACGUUCAGGGGAAAAUGGAGGAUCUACAGAGCUGCAAAGAGGAGUUCCUAACGAGAGUGGGCACCCUGAAUUCAGGAUGGGGCACCAUGCAGCUGCCGGGGCCUGCCCCGUGGGAUAAUCCGAAGGCUUGUCUGCCUUCCUUGGAGGCAGCGGCGGCGUAUCCCAGAGCACAGCAGAUAAGCCAUGUUCUGCCAGGAUUCAGUAGAGAAGCUGAACCAGCCUAUACCUGCUUGGACACCGCAGGAGGCUACAGAAAUGCGAGAGUGGAGCCCUCAGAGAGGGAUACCGUCACCGUGGAGAUGCAGCGGCAGAACUUCCGGCAGUUCCCCUACCAGGAGGUCGAAGGGCCCCGGGAGGUGUGCGGCCAGCUCUGGUAUCUUUGCCACCGGUGGCUGAAGCCGGAGAGGCACACCAAGGAGCAGAUCCUGGAGCUGCUCAUCUUGGAGCAAUUCCUGGCCAUCCUGCCACCAGAACUCCAGAGCUGGGUCAAGAGAAAUUGCCCAGAGACAUGCGCCCAGGCGGUGGCCCAAGCGGAGGACUUCCUGCAGAGACAACAGGAAGCUGCGAGGUGGGGGGAGCAGAUUGCUCUCCAGGAGAUGCCCAUGAACUCCCUUGAAGCCGAGCUGACUCCAUCAAAGACUAGAGAGAAGGAGCCCGACAUGGAGAUCAAGCAGGAGGGAAGUGAGGGUACCACCUCUUUGGGUGAUGGGCGGACGAAUGAAAAGGAGAAUCCACAGCUGAAAAGUCCAGAGUCAGUGGAACGACCGGAGAGGACGAAAGUAAAGCACCCUCCACCUCUGGCAGAGGAGGAAGCAUCUUCCAAACGGCCCAGUCCUGAGAGGGAACUGGAACUGGAACCAGAGGAGAGCUUCGUUUCUGGAGAGCUCUCUAACAACCCCAGCGAAUCCACAAACCAGCAGAAGACCCCCAAAGGCAAGCAGGAGACAACGUGCGGUGUGUGUGGGAAAACCUUCAGCCGGAGAACAGGCCUCCUGGCCCACGAGAGAGUCCACACCGGGGAGAAACCCUACAAGUGCUCACACUGUGGGAGAAGCUUCCGCUCGAAGUCAACCCUUGUGGUGCACCAGAGAACCCACACAGGGGAAAAGCCCUACCAAUGCCAGGAAUGCGGGAAGUCCUUCCCGGUGACUACGCAGCUGAUUGAGCACGAGCGGACCCACUCGGGGGAGAAGCCCUACCAAUGCACCGAGUGCGGACAGGCUUUCCGCCAGAGGUCGCACCUGAAGAACCACCAAAAGAUCCACACGGGAGUCAAGCCGUUCAAAUGCUCCUAUUGUGGGAAAGGCUUCAGUAUCAGCUCAGACCUCAUCCGGCACGAGAGAGCCCACACGGGCGAGAAGCCCUAUCAGUGUCCGGAGUGCGGCAAGAGGUUCUGUAACAGUUCACAGGUGAUCACGCACCGGAGAGUCCACACGGGAGAGAAGCCAUACAAGUGUCUGGAGUGUGGGAAAGGCUUCACGGUGAGCCAGCAGCUCAUCAGGCACCAGGCUGUCCACACGGGAGAGAAACCCUAUCAGUGCCUGGAGUGCGGGAAGACCUUUGGGGUGAGCACACUCCUCGCCGGACACCUGAGAAUCCACACGGGAGAGAAGCCGUACGAGUGCUCAGAAUGCAGGAAGUGUUUCCGCCUACGCUCAACACUCAUCACGCACCUGAAAAUCCACACGGGGGAACGGCCUAGGACCUGCAACGUGUGUGGGAAGAGCUUCAGUCGGAGCACUGGACUGAUCGCGCACCAAAGAAUCCACACAGGAGAGAAACCGUACGAGUGCUUGGACUGCGGGAAAAAAUUCACAUUGAGGUCAAACCUGAUUGCGCAUGAAAGGACGCACAAUGGAGAGAAGCCGUACCAGUGCCACGAAUGUGGGAAACGCUUCAGCGUGAGCUCGCAGCUUAUCAAACACGAGCGAACACACUCAGGGGAAAAGCCAUACAAAUGCACAGAAUGCGGACAGACUUUCCGUCAGAGCUCGCAUCUUAAAAACCACCAGAGAAUCCACACAGGAGACAGACCAUUUAAGUGUUCAGAUUGCGGGAAAAGCUUCAGCGUGAGCUCAGACUUGAUUCGGCACGAGAUCUCACACACAGGGGAGAAACCAUACCAGUGUCCUGACUGUGGGAAACGCUUCUGUAACAGUUCACAGAUUAUUACACAUCGGAGAGUACACACAGGAGAAAAGCCCUAUAAAUGCCUAGAAUGUGGGAAAAGUUUCACGGUCAGCCAGCAGCUCAGUAGGCACCAGAGAGUCCACACAGGAGAGAAACCAUAUAAAUGCCCCGAAUGUGGGAAAACCUUUGGUGUAAGCACGCUCCUUACUGGACAUCUGAGAAUUCACACGGGAGAAAAACCAUAUGAAUGUUCAGAAUGUGAGAAAAGUUUUCGGUUGCGCUCAAACCUUAUUGCUCAUCAGAAAAUACACACUGCAAGAAAAUCUUAGGCAUUUUUUGACAGGGAGUGGGGAGAAGUGUGUUAGACGUGGAUUAACUGUUUGAUGCUUCAUAAUAUUAUAGGAUUGUGCAGGCCUGGAACAUAAGAACAGCCCUGCUGGAUCAGGCCCAAGGCUAAUCUAAUCCAAUAUCCGGUUUCACCCAGUAGCCCACCAGAUGCCUCUGAGAAGCCCACAGGCAAGGGGUGAGGGCAUAUCCUCUGUCCUGCUGUUGCUCCCCUGCAACUGGUAUUUGGAGGCAUCUUGCAUCUGAGGCUGGAGAUGGCCUGUAGCUACUAAGCUAGUAGCCAUUGAUAGACCUGGCCUCUGAAUUUGACUAGGCCCCUUUUAAAGCCAUCCCCACGAGUGGCCAUUCCCACUUCCCAUGGCAGAGGCCUCAUAAAACCCCCAGAGGAUAUUGACCAUGUUCACGUGUUACGUUCAACUGAAUAGCAAUAGCAAUAGCACUUACAUUUAUAUACCGCUCAAUAGCUGGAAGCUCUCUAAGCGGUUUACAAUGAUUUAGCAUAUUGCCCCACAACAUUCUGGGUACUCAUUUUACCGACCUCGGAAGGAUGGAAGGCUGAGUCAACCUUGAGCCCCUGGUCAGGAUCGAACUUGUAACCUUCUGGUUACAGGGCGGCAGUUUUACCACUGCGCCACCAGGGGCUCUGAAUACACUCUGUUUCGUGCACACCUCUAGAUUGUAUGUCUGAACCUGCUCCAAUCAACAAACCACAGUUUAUUUCAGGCAGUCAAACCACUAAUCUGAACUCAAGAUUUUUAAGCUGGUUGAUGGUCUUAACGGUGGUCUCAUGUGGUGUCUGAACCCACAAUCUUGGUUUAAUCUUGGUUUGUUUCAGUAGCUCUACUCUCAUGCGGAGAGAGGGAAGCCUAGUGUGAUUUAGUGGUUAGAGUGUUGGACUAGGACCAGAGAGACCUGAGUUCAGAUCCUGAUUCAGCCAUGAAAAUCACUGGGUGAUUGUGAGCCAUUCACUUACCUCUCAACCUAACCUGUUUUGCAGGGUUGUAAGUAUGUAAGUACAUAAAGGGGCAGGGCCCAAACAAACCAUGAUAUAGUGAAACAAAUGAAAACUUGGUGACUGUCUGUGGUGCCAAACUAUGUUUCUUAAAUAAAGCUUGGU